GCCGAACCCUCCAUCGAAUGUGUCGAUCCAUCCAAGCAAUCUCAAUGUACAUGUACGUGUACGAAUGGCAUCGUGUUUAGCCAGACUCUUUCUCUCGAUGCUUCCACCAUCCCUUCCGAUGGGACCUGUCAAGCGGAUAGAGAUCGGUGUCUCAAGCGCCAGCAGCAACUGAACACAGAAAUCGAAGAGGAAAGGGAACAAUGCGCAGCCCAGUUAAACGAAGCAACGCAGACGCACAUACAACGCGAGAAGGAGUUGUUGGAAAAACAGCAUGAGCUUCGUACCCAGCUGAAACUGCACCAGCCUCCAACCUGGACAUACCAUGGGUGCUACAUCGACAAUUUAUCUCGGGCGAUAGGUGGCAAUGGGUUCUCUUUGGAUACACAUCUUACAGUCGACAACUGCAAGAGGUUAUGUCGUGGAAGCAAAUACGCUGCAAUGCAGUAUGGAACGCACUGCUUGUGUGGUAAUAAAUUUAGAUUUCCAGUCACCAAGGUUUCUGAUUCAGAAUGCAACGUUAAUUGUGCAGGGAAC